AUACCAAAAUAUUUUGUCGCUUUCAUAUGUACUCUGCAAAAUGUCCCGUGGCCAAAACUGAAUGGCAAGAGGAGAGGAAAGAUGAGCACAACAACCACCACCACAACAAAUCUUCCUCAUCAUCUCAAACCAAAAGAAUUCUCCACAGAGACCAAGCCCAGUUCCAAACUCUCUCAGAAAACAGUCUUAGACCUCUUGAACACAAAAUGCACCACUUCCCUUCCACAUCUCAAGCAAGCCCAUGCUGUUAUUCUAAGGUCAGGUCAUUUCCAGGACCAUUAUGUAGCAGGUACCUUACUCAAGUGCUAUACAAAUCCUCAAUUCGGCAACCUCGGUUUUGCUCUGAAGGUCUUCAAUUUUGUAUCAAACCCGAAUGUUUUUGUAUGGAAUAUACUGAUUAAAGGGUGUUUAGAGAACAACGAGCCAUUUAUGGCGAUAUUUUUUUAUUCUCAAAUGGUGGCCAUGAAUGCCAGGCCUAAUAAUUUCACUUACCCUCCAUUAUUCAAGGCCUGCACGCUAGAACAAGCAGCAGAGGAAGGUGUCCAAGUACAUGGUCAUGUUGUGAAACAUGGGUUUAGUGGAGAUGGGCAUAUUAAGAGUGCUGGAAUUCAAAUGUAUGCAUCUUUUGGACUCCUGGAGGAGGCUCGGCGGAUGCUAGAUGAGGCAGGGGAAUCAGAUGUUGUUUGUUGGAAUGCCAUGAUUGAUGGGUAUUUUAAGUUUGGUGAUGUGGAAGCAGCUAAAGAGUUGUUUGAGCAUAUGCCAAGUAGAAAAAUUGGGUCUUGGAAUGUGAUGAUAAGUGGCUAUGCUAAGUGUGGGAUGAUUGAGGAUGCAAGGAAGGUGUUUGAUGAGAUGAAUGAAAGGGAUGAAAUAUCUUGGAGUGCUAUUAUUGAUGGUUAUGUAAAACGAGGGUAUUUCAAGGAGGCCUUGGAAAUUUUCCAUCAUAUGCAAAGAGAGAAAAUUAGGCCAAGAAAAUUUUUACUGUCUAGUGUGCUAGCUGCCUGUGCCAACUUGGGUGCACUUGAUCAAGGGAGGUGGAUUCAUGCUUAUGUUAAAAAGAACUCUAUGAAGUUGGAUGCCGUAUUAGGGACUGCUUUGUUGGAUAUGUAUGCCAAAUGUGGGCGGCUAGACAUGGCAUGGCAGGUUUUUGAGAAUAUAAGUGACAAAGAAACUUUUACUUGGAAUGCUAUGAUUGGUGGGCUUGCUAUGCAUGGGAGAGCAGAGGACGCCAUUGAGCUUUUCUCCAAGAUGAAGAGGAAUAAGUUGACACCAAAUGGAAUUACAUUUGUGAAUGUCCUAAAUGCUUGUGCUCAUGCAGGUUUUGUCAAAAAUGGACUCAAGAUUUUGAGCUCUAUGAAGAAAGUGUUUGGUGUUGAGCCAGAGGUGGAGCAUUACGGGUGUGCUGUUGAUCUCUUAGGGAGGGCAGGAUUGUUAGCAGAGGCAGAGGGGCUUAUAAGUUUAAUGCCAAUGAAACCUAAUGCAGCCGUUUUGGGGGCACUUUUAGGUGCUUGCAGGAUUCAUGGAAAUAUUGAACUGGGAGAAAAAGUGGGACGGACUUUGCUUGAGCUAGAACCCCAGAAUAGUGGCCGUUAUGCAUUGUUAUCUAAUAUCUAUGCGAAGGCGGGAAGAUGGGAUGAUAUUGCAGAGUUAAGAAAAUUGAUGAAGGAAAGGGGGAUAAAGACAAUUCCUGGAGUCAGCAUGAUUGAUUUAGAUGGAACAGUUCACGAAUUCAAAAUGGGUGAUGGAUCACAUCCACAGAUGAAGGAGAUCUAUUUGAAGUUGGAAACAAUCAUAGAGAAACUGCAGAUGGAAGGUUAUUCACCAAAUACCUCCCAAGUUUUGUUUGAUAUUGAAGAGGAGGAGAAAGAAACUGCAAUUCAGUACCACAGUGAAAAGCUUGCAAUCGCUUUUGGGCUUCUUAACACAAAGCCAGGAACCACCAUCCGAAUUGUGAAAAACUUGAGGGUCUGUGAAGAUUGCCACUCUGCCACCAAGCUCAUUUCACAAAUAUACAACCGGGAGAUAAUUGUGAGAGACCGUGCGAGGUAUCAUUGUUUUAGAAAUGGAAGAUGUUCAUGUAAUGAUUUCUGGUAAAGUUUUCUUACACUAUAAAUGUAAAAAUUGUCAGUACAAGGAGAGCAUGUAUAACAGUAGGCAGUAAUAGAACUUCGGAUCUAAGGCAAUGAAACAUGAAACAGAGCUCAUGAUAUUAGGUAGUCUUGUAUAAGUGAUCCUAAUGGAAGUUGCAAUUUUGACUC